AUGGGUGCAUUUCCUGUUACGUAUCGCGUCGCUCAAGCGAUUGGUUUUACGGGUGCAGCAUGGCUUUCUGGCAACAUUGCUGCUCUUAGCGCAAUUGGUGUCCCCGCAGCGCUCCAGGGCCAUAAGGAUGAUCAAUUAUCGACAACGAAGACCGCCAGGUUAUGGAAAGGAUUCUAUGAUCGCGGUAAAUCGCAAAACCCUCCGAUUGCCGCAACAACAGCUUCGGCAUUCCUCUAUCUGGCGUGGUCUGUGAGAUCAGGAACAUCUUUACAUCGUAUUGCUCGCCCGAAUGCCUCGAUCUUGUACAGCGUGGCCGCGUUUUUAACGAUCAGCAUUGUUCCGUAUACUCUAGUUAUGAUGUCAGCUACGAACAACGCUUUGCUGGCAAGAGCUGAGGGUAAAUCAGCAGACGACGCAUCGAGUCACGCCGAUACAGAACUGGAGAGUUUGCUACAGAAAUGGACCUCGCUCAAUGCAGGAAGAAGCCUGAUCCCUUUGACUGCAGGUCUAGUGGGCAUCUUUGCUACGCUGUUUUAG